AUGGAAUUCGAAGAGCCUGUAAAACAAGGACUAUUACUUUUUCCUCCUCAAGGCGUUCUUAGUCAACUUAAGAAAGCAUGGCAUAAACGAUAUUGUCAACUGUUCAAAGCAAGCAAGUGCGGGAUAGCGAGGUUAGAAAUAUGGGAUUCCAAAGAAGAUUUUCUUAAUAAACAAAAUUCACCUAGAAUUAUUACCCUAGAGGCUUGCAUUAAAAUUGGUUUGAGCAGUCAAGCUAAAACUUUUGAAGUAAUAACCAAAACAAAUGAUUAUCAUUUCGGUUGUUUCACUGAAACUGACACAUGCGACUGGAUAGCAGCGUUCCAAAAAGUUGCGUUCAAGGAUGAUACUUCAAAUCAAAUAAUUGAAGAGGAAAAUGAUUUGUAUUGUGCUAGUAAUGAAGGAGUUUUUUCAGUGAAGCUUGUUGAAACAGAAGCAUCCAAGCGAUGUCGAUUAGAUCCUAAAAAUUACACUCUUAUAAUUUCUGCAAUGGAUUUGAAGCUGAUUGACAACGAUACAGUUUUAUUUACCUGGCCAUAUAGGUACAUUAGAAAAUACGGAUACAGAGAUGGAAAAUUCACGUUUGAAGCCGGUAGAAAAUGUGUAUCUGGCGAGGGAUCUUUUAAGUUAGAGCACAGUAAUCAACAAGAGAUUUUUAGGUGUAUAUCUUCUCGAAUGAAAUGUAUGAAAAAGUUGUUGAAAAAUAACGAAAUAGAACAAGGAUCUUUGUCACUGGGAAUAGAUUGUAAUGACGCGCAGUAUCAUGCUGCUUUGACAAUGGAGGCUGGUUCCAGAUCUCCACUGCCUGUGUCUUCGAAUUUUAGCUCAGUAAAUAUAGAAGACGAAAUUUCACUGUCACAGAAUUCCCAAAAGCCUCUAAUAUUUUAUUCAUAUCUUUCAACAUCCAGUGGAAAUUCAGUGCCAUCUAUUAGACCUCAACCGGUGAUAAAACCCAAGCCUACUAAACCUCCUAGAAAAUAUAUCGAUUCUAAUUUAACAAAUGAAAAACUUGACGCUGAAUUUCAAAAUACUUCCGAUUCUCUUAAGUAUAAAAAACCAAAUUAUUGCCCUUCAUCAAAGUUUGAUGCAACGUACGCUCAAUUAGAAUUAAAAACUGAUGAAACAAAUUCUUACGACCUCGUUGAAGUUCGAAACAACGCAUGGAAAACUCACGGAAUUGACGUAAUACCUCACAAUGAAAACAGAGACUCCAAUUAUUCUGAGUUAAGUGCUGAACAAAUGAACUCAGCUAUGAAAAAUCUUCAUAUCAGAAAGAAAACUACCAAGGAAGAUCAAAGUAAUAGUGAUAUUCACCAUAAUAACAAUAAUAAUGAAGCUGAUAAAGAUGUAAGAGUUGAUGGUGAAAACUUAAAUGAUGAAGACAAAGACGAUUAUAUUCAAUAUGAAACAAUAAUUACUGAAAAUAGUAGCUCAUCAACAAGCGCAUCAGUAUCGACACUUAAUUAUAAUCUAUCUUCGGCAUUAGACUCCCCGGCUGAUUAUGACAAACUCCAACAUAUUGGAUCGUUGUAUAAAGGAAAUAGUAACUCUGGAUAUAAAACUCCAACUGGAGUGAAUAGUUUGGAAAAUUCUUUGUCGUGUUAUAAUAGUAAUGCGGUUUCUUUGGAAAAGUCUAUUUCUUCUUGGGAUGAUUAUGAUAUUGUUGAAGAUAUUUUUGUGGACAAUAGCAAUCGAGGAUAUGGUGUUAUUAGAAAAAAGACCAGUCAGCCAGAGCCGAAACACAGAGUUUAUAAUGACAGUGAAUAUGCAAUUGUUUCUAAACCGAAGAGAGUAUAA